UUGGAAGCGGACGAUGUGGGGCUGCUCCGUGUUUGAGCUCGGCACUUCGUGAUCGGUGGAGCAGCAGCCAUAAUUGGAGAGCGGCUGGCUCACCUCUGAUUGUCCCGUGGAUCAGUCUCUCAGCCCGUUGCCUUCCCUUGUCACAACUUGGGGGAGUUGCGCUGGAUGUCAGCAUCUCAGAAGUCAGCGUGUUGCAGUGUUUGCGUCAGACCCCUCCUCUCACAGAUGACCUCAUGUUGUGGGAACACCCUCUCUCAGCUGAGUUUGGAGGGGCUGGGGUUUCGCUGGCUGUCCCUGGGCUCGCCCAUCAAUCAGGAGCUGCAGUCUGAGCGCCGGGGCGCCGAGAGCGGCAGCAGCCAUGAGACGCGCGCCCGCGGCCGCAGUGCCCCUGCCCUGCCUGAUCAGUGUGUUGGUGCCCGCAGCCCUCGCCUUCAAUCUGGACUCCCUCAACCCCACCGUGUUUCGCGGACCCCGGCACAGCUACUUCGGCUUCUCCGUGGAGUUCUUCAGCCCCCACCCUGAAACGCCAGUUGUUCUGAUUGGAGCUCCCAAAGCCAAUACCAGCCAGCCGAACAUAACGGAAAGUGGGGCAGUCUACUCGUGUUCCUGGGGCCUGAACGACACAGACUGCCAGCAGAUUCCUUUUGAUCUAACAGGUAAUCGUCCGUACAACGAGUCUGAAGAACUGGAACUGAAGUCCAGCCAGUGGUUGGGAGCAACGAUCCGAUCACGCAAUCACACUGUCCUGGCCUGUGCCCCUCGUUACACAUGGAAAGAAUAUCAACAGGACCACGAAUUGGUGGGGACCUGCUACCUCUCCACAGGCAACUUCAGCUACGUAGUGGAGUACGCACCAUGUCGAACAAAUUGGCACUCGGUUUCAGGCCAGGGAUUCUGCCAGGCUGGUUUCAGUGCCGACUUAACAGAGAGUGGCCGGGUGGUGCUCGGUGGGCCAGGCAGUUUCUACUGGCAAGGCCAGCUGGUCUCUGCCUACAUCAAGGACGUGGUUCAGCCCAGUGCUGACCUCAACUAUAUUCAGUUCACGGCUGGGGAGAUGCGAACUGCUACGUCCCCGACCUCCUUUGACGAUAGUUACCUUGGUUACUCUGUGGCUGUUGGAGAGUUUACUGGAGAUUCCACUGAAGAUUAUGUCACCGGGGUACCACGCGGGACGCAUUCCGUUGGAUAUGUCACCAUUUUAAAUGGGACAAAUAUGAAAGCUUUAUUCAACUUAUCCGGUGACCAGAUGGCCUCAUACUUUGGAUACACUGUGGCAGUGACUGACAUCAACAGUGAUGGGCUGGACGAUGUUCUUGUGGGCGCACCGAUGUUCAUGGAGCGAGACUCUGGGGGAAGGCUGCAGGAGGUUGGACGAGUCUACGUCUAUCUGCAGACUGGCCUGCUGGAAUUUAACAUUACUCAGAACCUGACGGGCAAGGACACCUACGGACGAUACGGGACCUCUGUGGCAGUGUUAGGGGACCUGGAUCAAGACGGAUUCAAUGAUGUGGCAGUUGGAGCCCCAUACGCUGGGGACCAGGGUCUGGUCUACAUCUACAACGGGCGACCCGACGGCCUCAACAGCACCCCUUCCCAGAUCCUGACGGGACAGUGGGCAGCCACCGCCAAGAUGCCGGCAAGCUUUGGCUUUGCCAUCCGUGGAGCAACAGACUUGGACAUGAACGGGUACCCAGAUGUAAUUGUCGGGGCGUUUGGUGUUGAUCGGGCUGUGGUUUACAGGGCCAGGCCUAUUGUGCGUGCAAGUGCCACGCUGAAAGUGUCGCCUUCUGUCUUCAACCCAGAGGAGAGGGCCUGCACAGUGAACAACACUGAUGUCACAUGCAUCAACGUCAGCUUCUGCCUGAGUGCGUCUGGGAAACACGUGCCGGACUCGAUCGGUUUUAAGGUGGAGUUGCAAUUGGACAAACUGAAGCAGAAGGGUGCCAUAAAGCGAGUGCUGUUUCUCCAUUCCCAGGAGCCUUGGUAUCAGGACAACAUCACCAUCAUCAAUGGGCAGGCAGAGAUCUGCCGAGACCUGAAGGUCUAUCUCCUUGAAGAACAUAAAUUUCGAGAUAAACUCUCACUGAUACACAUAGGAUUGAACUUCAGUCUGGAUCCCAGGAACCCCACUGAUGACCACGGGCUGCAGCCAAUCCUCAGCUACUCGACAAGUGACUACCUGGUACAAAAGGCCCAGAUUCAGCUCGACUGUGGGGAGGACAACAUCUGUGUUCCAGACCUGCACCUCUCCGUACAGGGGGAUCGUAAAACUGUCUAUUUUGGUGAUGAAAAUCCACUGACACUGAAUUUUGAGGCGAGGAAUCAGGGUGAAGGAGGGGCGUAUGAGGCCGAGCUGUAUGUAUUCCUGCCUCCUGAAGCACACUUCAGCGGAAUAGUACGGGACGAAGGUCUGGCCAUGCUGAGCUGUACCUGUGACAACCAGACUGUGGUGUGUAUCCUGGGAAACCCCAUGAAGCCUGGGACCAAUCUCUCAGGGGGCCUCCGCUUCACCGUUCACCAGCUGCGCGAUGACAAGAAGUUCAUCGAGUUUGAGCUCCAGAUCCGCAGUAAGAACUUGAACAAUUCAAGAAGUGAAGUUGUUGCCUACAGGCUGGACGUGGAGGUAUUGGCUCAAGUCAACAUCCGAGGGGUCUCCAUUGAGGAAAAGAUUAACUUCCCCAUCGAAAACUGGAAGCCCAAAAAGAAGCCAACCAAUGAAGAGGAUGUUGGGCCGCAAGUCAAACACAUCUUUGAGCUUUCCAACAAUGGUCCCAGCUCCAUCAGCCACACUCUCUUACAUGUCAGCUGCCCAGUGAAGUUCCAGAAUGACCGUCUGCUCUACAUCGUUGACUACAAAUCCACGGGAGCCCCCCUGAACUGUACAGCCAGCAGCCCGCUGAACCCCCUCAAGCUGACGCUGCAGAACCCUCCAACAGAGACGGCCUUGGCACUGAGCAUGCCCUCUGAGAAGGUCCAGCAUUCCAUUCAGCGUCGAGAGGUGACGGAGCAAUUGAAGGAGCUGGAGAACCUGAGCUGCCAGCAGGUGGAGUGCCUGACGCUGAGCUGCAAGGUUGGCCUGGUAGAGAGAGGGGGGAACGUGGUGCUACAGAUCCGCUCCCACGUGUGGGCACACACCUUCCUCCAGAUGGAAAACCACCCGUAUUCUCUCCACUGCAACGCGUCGUUCCAGGUGCACAGCAUGCCCUAUCGCAUUCUCCCUGCUGUCUACCCGAAAGGGUCCAUACAGCUGUCCACCUACGUGGUGUGGUCCAAGUCUGAGAGCUCGUCCUCUGCGCCCCUCUGGACUAUCAUCCUGGCUGUGUUGAUAGGCCUGCUCCUGUUGGCUCUUCUCAUCCUGAUCCUGUACAAGCUCAACUUCUUCAAACGAUCCGAACUGCCGUACGGGACAGCAAUGGAAAAGGCGCAGCUCAAACCACAGGCCGCAUCGGAGGCUUAAGGUUCGAUAUGGCCCAGACGUGGGAGAGACGACUGAGAGGACCCGCUGCACUGCUCCAUACCAUGGGGACACGGCAGCACUCCUCUGUGCUCCAGGUCAAAGAAGGAGCAGUUCAGGGAAAGGAGCACCCAGGAGCUGCUGUGCAUUUUCUGCAAAUGUUAUUUAAGGAAAUUAUUCAAAAGCACUGAUUGUGAUUUUAAACGUUCUUUCAAGCUCCCUCGGUGAGGACGCCGAGUUGGGAUGGGUUUGGAUGUAAAUUUUUCAAGCUGUUCUCAGAGUGCAAUAUAUUUUAUAUUUACCUGUGAUCUACAGAACCAGCAUUGACCAGGGUGAAUCUUUUUCCGGGACGGGUGGUGGGAGGGAGGGUGGGAAGCCCGAUUUCAAGGGCUCUGUGCCAAAGGCCAGGCCAGGGCAGCUGGAGCAUGACUCGUCUACACCUGGCCCGUGGGUGGGGGGAUUCUGGAACUGCUCCGCCCUCUGCACGUUCAUUGGUGCUCCUCUCCUCUCAUGGCCAAGGUUUGAAGAUUCCCUCGACUGGCGCCCUGUUGUCAAUCAGUAAUGGUGCUCGUAUAGAGAGAGAGCGAGCGAGAGAGAGAGCCCUGCUCCCUCUCCUCUGGUACCCAGUUCUGUCUCCCAAGACCCUGCGGUCGGAGAUGAAUUUGCCGGCUCC